AUGAAGGUCUUCACUUUCGCCUCUAUUCUUGGCCUCGUCGCCAUGGCUCAGGCCCACAUGGAACUCUCAUGGCCUUAUGCCUUCCGCUCCAAGUUCAACCCCAACGUGCCUGAGGCUCUGCGAGACUACAGCAUGACCAACCCGCUGUUCCAGGCCGGCGGCAACUAUCCUUGCAAGGGAUACCAAGUCGACUUCAACAAGCCUGAGGGCAAGUCAGUCGUCACCUGGCAAGCUGGAGGCACUUACAACUUGACCCUCUCCGGCUCUGCCACUCACGAGGGAGGCAGCUGCCAAGUCUCUCUGUCCUACGACCAGGGCCGAACCUGGAAGGCCUUCCACUCGUGGAUCGGCCAGUGCCCUCUCAAGCCCACCUGGAGCUUCACCCUGCCCAACGACACGCCUGCUGGAGACGCCAUCUUCUCGUGGACCUGGUUCAACAAGAUUGGAAACCGUGAGAUGUACAUGAACUGCGCCCACGUCACCAUCCAGGGCCGAAGCAAAGCCGCUCGCAGCCCGUCCGACCCGUUCAGCAGCCGUCCUUCUCAGUUUGUUGCCAACGUUAACAACGGCUGCGGUACUCUCGAGGGCAAGGAUGUGCUCUUCCCCAACCCUGGCCCGGAUACCGACUUCAACUCUGCCGGCACUGCUCCUCCCACUGGCACAUGCAACACUGGCAGGCGCAGCGCCCAGCCGUUGAACGUGUAA